GGGAGGAGGUGCCGGGGCUGGAGGGGAGCGAGGCGUGCGCUGGUGCGCAGGCGCAGUGGCCGGACGACGGACCUUGUGUUUCCAAAAUGGCGGCAGCGAUGGAUGUGGAUACCCCGAGCGGCACCAACAGCGGCGCGGGCAAGAAGCGCUUUGAAGUGAAAAAGUGGAAUGCAGUAGCCCUCUGGGCCUGGGAUAUUGUGGUUGAUAACUGUGCCAUCUGCAGGAACCACAUUAUGGAUCUUUGCAUAGAAUGUCAAGCUAACCAGGCGUCUGCUACUUCUGAAGAGUGCACUGUUGCAUGGGGAGUCUGUAACAGAGAAAGCACAAGUAGGCAGAGCGGCAGGCAGAGGGAGAAGGAGGCUUCUCACUGAGCAGAGAGCCCGAUGUGGGACUCGAUCCCAGGACCCUGGGAUCAUGACCUGAGCCGAAGGCAGCUGCUUAAUGACUGAGCCACCCAGGCGCCCCUUAACAGAUCCUUUUUUAGGGCUAUAUGCCUUGUGGAACUAAGUUUGGCGAAUAAAUCGUGUGUUCAAGGGCCCGUGUGUGUGUUUCAAAGUGUGGCAAAUGUACUAGGUUAGGAUUUUUUUUUUUUUUUAACGUGGCUCAUGCCAGAAAUGUUUUGUCCAGCAUCAUUGGACUGAAUGUACAGCCUUCCACGGUGCGACAGCUGUGAAGGAUAACAACAUCAAAUGUGUUAUUUCUAGCAUGUGUUAAAAAGUCAUCUGUAUAGCCAUAUAGUCGCACUCACAUGAGCCAAAAUUAUCCUGCCCUUCUGUGCCAAGGGGAAGAAGGAUCCACAGCUCCCAGCAUGGCACAGGCCUAAGGGGCUCUGGAGUCAGACCAGCAUUCCCUGUCUUUGACUUACUUGCUAAGUGACUUUAUAGAAGGUAUUUGACAUCCCUAAGCCUGGGUCCCCUCAUCCUAUAAUCAGGAUGAAAUGAUUUUAUCCUGCCACAUGGGAGACAUAAGUGUCACCUUUGCGGGGGGGUGGUUACUGAGCAGAUAGUAACUAUCAGUACUCUGGCCCAGCUGGCUGAGGCUCUGCCCUACCCCAGCCUGUGCUGCACCUUCUUAAUUCUGCCAAGGCCUUUUGAGCAGUUCCACAGUAGCCUGUAUUGGCCUAGCCAGUAUUGGCCCAAUUGGAUUUGUUGUUUAUGGGGAUAAAGAAACAAAAUAUAUUGGGCUCUUUGCUCUGCCUGACAUUUCAGGCAUAUACUAAGGGCCAUGUUAUUUUUUGGUGGAAGAAAAAGGAAGUGAACUUCCCUUAAAUUUGGCUAAGGCGAGACUAGCUCGAGGAGCCGGCCAUAGAGAAGAGCUGGCAUGGUGUGGCAGAGACCUUUGGACCAGUGCUGGCUUCUAGUUCUGGGUCUUCUCACUGGCUCCGUGAAUUAGGCGAGUCACUUGAUUUGUCUGAGUUUCAGUUUCCUGUCUGCAGAAUGAAGAUAAUAUUACCUGUUAUGAUUGCUUGCCAGGGUUGCCGUGAGGCACCAGUUAGGUAAUGCAUGUUAGCAUCUUCUGUGAACUGUAAGGCACUAGGCAGUGUACUUUGAGACUGCUAAAUAUACCCAUCAACAGACUGUAGGUUAUUAACAGGAAGAAAGUUGGGACCAGUGGUUCAGCGAUGCUGUCACCUGCUCUGUAGCCUUAUUUGCAGCCCCUCAUUCCCUCCAUCUUCCAAGGUAGUUGAGGUAUAUAGGGACCCUGUACUGCUGCAAGGUGCCUCAUGGGGGCAGGGAGCAGGGGGCCGGUGGAGAAAGGCCUCUUGAAUACCCCUAGGUGAACCUGUCCCUACUACCUGGUGAUUGAGGAAAAAAUGCCCCAGCUUUCUGCUUUCUAGAAGCUUUGUUUUUUUCUCUUUUUCACAGUGAGUUGUAUGAGAGUCAACGAGUUGCAUGAAAGGGAUCUCCUAAAGCUCUCGCCCUGGGAGAAUAUUUGUCCUAUUGAGUGUCCAUAGUGUACUAGCUGUGGAUUCCACUCUUAAUUACCAAAUUCUGCUUUUGUCUUUAUUAAAAGACAAUGGCCAUGAUGGCAAUCCAUUCAGUGACUCUUCUCGAAGGUCCACGCAUGUUGUGGUAGGGCCUGCUGACCAGAUUUCGAGGCUGUUACUAAAUCAAGCUUGCAGAAGCUUUCAUUCUGUUGGGGUGUCAGCAUUUCUCCCCUGUCCCCACCUGAGCCAGCCCAUCACAGAUGAGAUGAGAGGGAGCACUUGCUGCUGCUGUCUUAAUACUCUGCUCCCAUGAGGUAUUGUGAGUAGCCUCUGCCUGUCAUUCACUCACACCAAAAAACUCACACAGAUUUUCCUUUUGCCCAAAUCUGAAAGUCACCUCCUAGUUCCCAGCUUUCUUGGUACUCUGGCCAUUUUAUUUCUGGCCUUGAUCAUGAAAUAAGUCGUUUGAUGAUCUUUCAGCUGCUUGUGUGCAGUUUGUCCAUCAUAAGGCUUCCUUUUACCCUAAUUUUUUUUUAUCUCAUUCUUUUUUAAGAGAAAGUGCUUCACCCCUUAAAGGCUUACCAAGUACUGAGCUGUUUCAUUAUCAGUACAUCUUUGAACAAAUCUGGAAAGAAGGUCUUUUGAACAGAGCUGAGCUGGGUGUGGAGAGAUUGGGGACAUGCCCAUCUUGGCUCUGGGUGGGUGGCAGCGGCAGGAGAAGUCGCUGCUCCUGGGGUUCCCAUUCUCCAAGGUAGGGGAGGGGCAGUUGGGGACAAAGAAUGGGGAAGUUUGAAAUCUGCCUGUGAUCAAGGGCCUCCUGGCAUGUGUUCAAGGAAAGUAGAAGCCUCCCCUUACAGGCUGAAGAGGACCAGGAAGCCACAUUCCAUCUUCCCUUAAGGAAAGGGGAGAGAGCGCAUUUGCCAAAUAAUUUUUUUGUAGUGGUUACAACAUUUCUAGCAGAUGUUCCAGUGGGAAUGUCCUGUACCUGACCAAGGUGUAAGCAGUCACUGACCUUUUGCCUUUCAUUGUUUGUUGUCUCCCAUUGUUUGCUGGCCCCCCGUGUGUCACCAGGCCGCUGCCCUUGAGACAUACGAUCAGUAGAUGGCUGAGCCUGCACAGAAUGAUUUUUUUUAAAAAAGAUUUUAUUUAUUUAUUCAUGAGAGAGAGAGAGGCACAGGGAGAAGGAGGCUCCCAUGGAGCAGGAAGCCCAAUGCGGGACUCGAUCCCA